AUAAAUAUUGUUAUAAAAUGGAAUUUAGGCGAUCCUGUCGUAAGAACUAAGUUAGGUAAUAUAAGAGGUUUAAAAGCUGGAAAUGAUGACUAUUCUAUGUAUUUGGGCGUGCCUUAUGCGACGGUGGACAAUGAAAACCCUUUUGGUCGGUCCAUUCCAUUCCCUAAAUUUGAAGGAGUGUUCGACGCCAACGACGAUAACGUGAUGUGCCCGCAAAUAGAAGAUUACAACCACACACUAACUGGAUCGCUGGAUUGCCUUUAUUUAAACAUCUACGUACCAAACGUGGCCUCAGUACAAAAUCCUCUGCCCGUACUAAUCUAUAUACCGGGCGGACGUAAUGAGGUUGGUUUUCCAGGAAGACAUAUUUAUGGACCCACAUUUUUAAUGAAACAAGAUAUAAUUCUCAUAAUAAUAAGUUUUCGUUUAGGUCCGUAUGGAUUUAUGUGUCUUGAUACGUCAGAAAUACCAGGUAAUCAAGGGCUCAAAGAUCAACUUUUAGCGCUCAAGUGGAUAAGUGAAAAUAUAGACGCGUUUGGUGGGGAUCCGCAAAGAAUAACAUUGGCCGGCGCUAGUGCUGGCGGAUUACACGCGUCUUUACAUUUCAUGCGCACAAAGUAUCCCCUGUUUCAACAAAUCAUCCUUCAAGGCGGCUUAAUGGCGUACCCACUAAUAAUGGGCAAUUCAGAUGUCACUGUACCCCACAGAAUAGCUGAGGAACUUGGACUCAAAACAGACAAUACGAGUGAGGCAAUUAAAUUCUUAACUAUUCAAGAUCCCUUAGCAGUUAUAAAAGCAUCGAGUAAAUUAAACAUACUUUAUACAAUAUGUAUAGAGAAAGAAUUCGAUAAUGUCGAAAAUUUUAUUACGAGGCACAUGGCACAUAUCACUGAAAUACCAAGUAUCAGAAAGAUGCCCAUGUUAAUACAACAAUCUAACAAUGAACUACUGCAUCAUUACGCGUCAACAGAUUUCGAUAACACAAACAAAAAUAUAUUCAAAGAUAUAUUAUACGCCUUAUUUGACUUUGACGAAGAACGGCUUGAAACAAUAGAAGACCAGGUCAGACAUUUUUACAUAGGGGACGAGGAAGUGAGUAAUAAAGUUAAACAAAAAAUAAUUGACUUCGCAUCGGACACGGUACACACAUAUCCAACAAAGAUAAACAUUGAAAGGUUUAUUAAAAACAACGUAAAGAAAUUGUACUACUAUGUGUUUUCGUAUUUUGGAGAAAGAAACUUUAUUAGACAAAUAUAUGGAGUGAACGACUCAUUUCAAGGAGCUGCUCAUGUUGACGACCAAGGAUAUCUGUUCGACACGGUACCUAUUAAAGACAAACAUUCACCAAAUGACCAACUCAUGAUAGAUCGUGUAACCACAAUGUGGGCCAACUUUGUUAAGUAUGGAGACCCACAACCGACAACAUCCGAAUUACUGCCACUAGAAUGGAAACCGGUAACAAAAGAUUCGCUUUUUUAUUAUAAUCUCGGUUUAAAUGUGAGCACUGGGAUCCAACCGUUCCCGAAAAGGAUGGCUUUCUGGGAUUUAUUCUACAAAUUAAAUGGCAAAUACGAAAGGUUACCGACAAUGCAUUAAAAGUAAUUUGGAUAUACUUAAAAGACAAUGGAAUAAACAGAAAGGAAGAGGAAAUUAAUGAUUAGAAAAUAGUACAGCACGUGUUGUUCGAAAUAUAUGGUGUCGGAGUAGAUACGGCAAAAAAAGUAAAAAAAUUACCAUAUAAUUUUAUAAAUUUUAAUAUAAUGACUUUAA